AUGUCUGCCUCGGGGAAUGAUGCAUUGAAGCCACCAGUCCCCCCUGCCCCGAAGCCAGCGCCCGCGGUCGCUGUUGACUCUGCGUCUCCGGCUCCGGACCUCGUGUCGUGUGAGGCUCCGGCGCCUCUCCUGCCUGCCCCGUCUGCCCCCGUUGCUGAGCCGGGCCUUCCUGCGGGUCCCGCGCCCUCCGCGCCUGGUCCGCCGGCUGUCCCUGUGGAAUCUGCGGGACCGCCUGCAGUUGCUGAACCUGGGGUUGCUCCGCUCGUGCCUGAACUCCUUGCGGCACUGCCCGCCGUUGCUGUCCCUGUUGCCCCCGACGCGGCUGUUGGUUCGUCGCCAAUGGCGGUGUCCGCCACCACUUGCGGCCCAGGCCCGAAUGUGGCGCCAGCGGGGGCCGUCCAGGCGGCGCCUGUUGCUGCACCUGUGGGUCAGCAGCCGGGCCAGCGCUCCUCUCGCCCGCAUUCUCCUGCGCCUCCUCCUGCGGCUCCUCCUCCGGUUGUUCCUCCUGUGACUGUCGCUCCGUCACGUCCGGCUGUUGCUCCCGUUCCUCUUGCCUCUGCUCAGGCUCCCUCCGUUCCUGCCGCCUCUGCUGCCGUACGUGACCGCCGCUUGCGGCUACCGCAGGUUCCUCCAGUUGCGGGACUGGAAUUUGUGACUGCGGCAGGAGGAGCGGUGACGGCACAGUACCCGCCCCUAUUGGCCGCUGAUCCCGCCCCCCCGUCUGUUCUUGAUGCUCCGCUCCUCCCGACCUUGCCUGGGCCUCCUCGCAUGGCUGAGGUCCCGGAAGCGAGCCUGGCGCAGAUGUGGCGUCUCUGUGAGGCCCUUCAAGCCAUCCACCUGAUCCAGGUGUACGGUCAUGCUGCUCUGUUCCAGGGGAAUUCCCUGGAUGGAGGCCCUCGGGACGAGUGCCUUGAUGCGGCGGAUCGGCUCGCCGAGCUCCUGGCGCCCGUGCUGGCUGCGCCCGUGCGGGGUGUAAUUGCGGGCGUUGGGCAGCUUGGAACGGCUGUCCGUGGGUUGAAGCGGGUCCUGCGCGCUGGGACUGGAGACGAAGUGAUCGGCGCAAGCGCGGCGGUGGUGCGGGAGCUUCACCGAUCUCAGACUGGGCUUCUUGCGGUUCACGACGCGGAUCAAUACUAG